CAGUAAGUUAAUUGAAACGGACAUUCAAUCUUCCUCUUUCAACUAUGGAAGUACUUGCUGGACACAAGGUUAAACUUUAGGCAGCUAACUCAGGUUAAAAGAACACGAUUCUUUUUUCUUUUUUCUUUUCCACGAUACAAGCUUCUAUCAGCUACAUAGAUGAUUGCUGGCCAUGAGGUUAAACUUCAUGGUUGCGGGUAAAAAGCUUAGAAGCUCAUCACACGCCUGAAGAACGCCCAAUAACAACACAUAAGGGCCAUCUCUAGUUUUUGGCUGAAAGGUCAUUUACUGGAAUCACCGAAGUUUCCGUUGCAAAAGAUGUAUAAGUGGAGUCAUAUCUCUGACUUCCUUACGUUAGGACACAAUGAAGAAGUGAUCCACAGUUUGGUUUAAAAACCAGCAAAUUCGGCAUACUCUAUCGUCAGCGAGGCUCGUCCUUUUAUCAGACAUGGCUUCUUCUAUAACUGUAACCACCUCACCUGCAGGUCUCGAGGACUUCAUCGACUCGAUUCCCCCGUCUGCUACGCUCUACCUCGACCUCGAAGGCAACAGUCUCAGCCGUAACGGGACCGUUUCCAUCAUAACCAUACUCGUGAACCCCACGAAAAUCACAAGACUUAUCGAUGUUCAGACCCUUGGUAGCGCCGUUUUCACUACGCCUGCCGCCAAUGGAAAGACUCUCAAGACCGUACUCGAGGACCCUCAUAUAUCUAAGUGUCUUUGGGAUGUACGCAACGACGCCGAUGCCCUUUGUGCCCACUACAAGGUCCGAAUUGCGGGUGUAACAGACAUACAGCUCCUCGAGAACGCCGCCCACAUAGGCGAUAAGAAAUAUGUCCGCGGGCUUGGCAUCUGCGUUGAGAAUGAUCUAGACCUGGAAUUGUCUGAGUCUAAUAGCUGGAACUGGACCAAGAGACGGGUGAUGAAUCUUAUGACCCAGAACAUCUUCGCCAAACGCCCCUUGGACCCCGAAUCAGCGAAGUACUGUUUCAAUGACGUUGUACACCGACCCGCAUUAUAUCGCACAUACUUACAGCGCUCCGGAUAAGCUAUACGGGAGCUCAAUUGAUAUUAUGAGGCUCUAGACGUCCUGGAUAUGGCGCUUGUCGGUAACCAUGUUUGCAAAUGGGUCUUAAACUGGUUCAAAGAUUUACACCUUUCAUGAGUGUAAGCUUGUCGAUACACGCUUUGAAAGCCGUACUAUUGUUCUCCGGUAAAGACUUGAACAAUGCAGGCUACAGAGAGAAAGCUCAUUGGGACAAAGUUCCGCUGAACAUACAAAGACGGCGAUUGUUCACAUCUCAGUGCUAGGGAAACGUCCGAUUUCGGUAACAG